AUGGAUCUGCAGUAUGUCUGGAUGAAGAAGAAAGAAGCAUACGCUGAGAACAACACUGCGCCCACAGUUAAGCAUGGUGCUGGCUGCUUUGCAUCCUCUGUUACUGGAAACCUGCAGCCUGUGAAAGGCCCACAGCUGUCCCAGAGCUGCGAACUAUCCAUGUCCUGCUGUGCAAAUGGGGGGUCACUGCCCAGCUCCAAGGCCCCCCAAGUCACUGGAGUCAGAGUUCAGCUUGAGAUGCACGCACUUUGGCAGCAGUUUGAUCAGCUCGGUACAGAGAUGAUUGUUACCAAAGCUGGAAGGAGGAUGUUCCCAACAUUCCAGGUGCAGAUCUCUGGAAUGGAUCCUGCUGCUGAUUAUGUUCUCCUUAUGGACUUCAUCCCCGUUGAUAACAAAAGAUACAGAUAUGCCUUCCACAGCUCAUCCUGGUUGGUGGCAGGGCGAGCGGAUGUCAUAGCCCCAAGCAGGAUGCAUUUCCACCCAGACUCACCAGCCUGUGGAGCCCAGUGGAUGAAGCAGACCGUAUCAUUCGACAUGCUCAAGCUCACCAACAACCUGCUGGAUGAUAACGGGCAUAUGAUACUGAACUCCAUGCAUCGCUACCAGCCACGCUUCCAUGUGGUUUAUGUAGAUCCAGCCCCCAACAGCUACUUGAAUGCUUACAGGAACUUCUGCACCUUUUCCUUUCCGGAGACACGCUUUAUGGCCGUCACUGCCUAUCAGAACCACCGGAUCACCCAGUUAAAAAUUGCUAGCAACCCAUUUGCCAAAGGCUUCAGGACCACGGACCCCCAGAACCGAGGGAGUCAUUCUGGACUUCUGGCAGUGUGGCGGCCACCAGAGGGCAGAGCUGAGCCUCUCGGCACCAAACAUGGAGAGCAGAGAAGAAAAGGGCCAGACACUUCACCUAGACAAGAGCACCCAGCCCUGAUGAUGGGGGAGCAGUGUGGACUUUUACAGCACUAUAAAGACUCGAUGGGACUCACCAUGGAGAGAAAAGAUGGGGAGAAUCUUUCAUCACCAGCUUCCUUUCUUCCUGAUUCUUCCUACUGGGACUGCCCAGGAUCAUCUCAGUAGACAGGCUUUGAAUUAUACUUUUAACAUGGUGUAUAUUAUUAUAGUUGUAUGUUAAUGCCUCAGUGACAAAAUGUUUUAAUUAUUACUAUGUAAGUGCUCUAUCUAGGCGAUGUCCGUAGUGAUGUGACAAAUAAACUGCCCUGACACCCUGUGCAUCGCUGGC